AUGUCCACCAAGCGUAUCUCGUUCAAGGUCCAAGGAGAAGUGCAAGGCGUCAAUUUCAGAUCCUUCACACAAAAGCAAGCAAAGAAUAUUGGCCUCACUGGCUUCGUCACCAACGUCUCAGAUGGCACCGUCCAGGGCGAAGCACAGGGCGGCGAAGAUGCGAUCAAAGACUUCGUCCAGCACUUGAACAAGGGCCCCUCAGCAGCGUCUGUAAACGGCGUCGAGCAGUCAGAUAUCUCGACCAAGUCUGGCGAGAGCGGGUUCAACGUGCAGUAG